AUGCUGCAGUGGAGAAGACAGGUGGACCAUGCUGGGGAGUGUAACCGAGCAGUGGUGGUGUCUGUAGCUGAGUUUGAUCAUGGGGUGAAUUUGGGGAGAAGACCUGGAGCAGAGAGGGACAAUAAGAAGCUCCAUCGCAUCCUGAGCAGGCUGGGAUUUAAGGUGGAUCUACACAGCGACCUGAGCAGCGAGGAAAUCUACCAGCUGUUUGAAGAAGAGAGCAGGCGGCCGGUGAAGGAUUGUUUUCUGGCCGUGUUGUCGAGUCACGGAGAGGAAGGCUGCGUGUUCGGGGCCGAUGGGAAGCCCGUACGGCUGUCUCACAUUUACAGAUACUUUGAUAAUGAAUGUAUGGAGAAGAAAGCCAAAGUGUUCCUCAUACAGGCGUGUCGAGGCCAUGGUCUGGACGACGGUGUGGAGGUGGAUUCUGUGGAUUCAGUUUCUACCACAGAGAACAGCUUCGUACACAAUCUGACUGUUCCUGUAGAUACAGCCGUGAUGUACGCCACUGCACCAGGCUACGGUGCCUUCAUGCAUCCUCUGGGAUCCGUCUUCUUGCAGACGUUCUGCACCUUAUUACAGGAAGAAGGAAACCGUAACCUGGAGCUGACUCGCCUGAUGACUCGCCUCUCGCACCGCGUGGCCUACACCUUCCAGUCCAAAGGUCGAGCGUACGGAGGGAAGAAAGAGAUGCCGUGCCUCGUCUCACGCCUGACCAGAGAGGUGUUCCCGUUCGCAGAGCCGGGGAAAGGCAGCGAGUCUGCAGAGGCGCUCUCAGCCAUGACGCUGCUCGGGCCUGAACAUGUCAGGAAACGAUCAAUCAGUUAGACUGUGUGUGUGUGUGUGUGUGUGUGUGUGUGUGUGUGUGUGUGUGUGUGUGUGUGUGUGUGUCGACCAGACGCUGCAAACAGCUGAUCUCUGCAAACUUUUCCACUCACAGAACUGAG